AUGGCGACUUCUUACUCUGGGUUGGCUGUUCGCACAACACACAUGACAGGAAUCGCUACAGAUGUAGGAAAUAUCUUGGGUCAAGCGUGUCGAUCCGAUACCAAGGCCGAGUUAUGGCGUCUCAAGGUUCAUGUUCCUAUUCUUUUUGGGUUUAUUGCAGGUGGCAUGUGUGGUCAAAUCGCAUGGCUUUCUAUUCACGAAUAUGCUCUCCUUGUCCCGUGUAUAUUCACUGGUGGUGUUGCCGCUUUGUAUCUCACUUUACCGUUUAUCAAAGAUGCGGCAGAACAAAUUAAACACGCUCUUCCUCAUGAACUCCAUUUUAUGGACAACUAUGAAGGAGAUCCUCGGAAAUAUCAAGAGUAUCAUAAGGAGCAGUUGCUGAAGCAAGUAGAUCACUAUGCAAAAAUUACUGGCAAGAAUGUCGAUGAUGAAAUUCGAAGGUUUUUGAAUGAUAUGGUUGGAGACGAUGAAAUUGAAAUGGGAGUAUUGAAUAGCGUAUCCAUCAGCAGUACUGGCAAAAGAGAUAGUGGAUCAUCUAGACUGCUCAGUUCAAGACGUGGACAAUCUGCAUAUGGAGCAACAGAUGAAGAUGACGACUUACCUAAACAAAUAAAUAUUUAA